CUGUCAAAGUGAAUAUCUGUCAGUGUCAAACAGUUUUUAUUUUGUUAUUGUUUGAAUCUGAAUGUAGUUGUAGUAUGUUAUAGUAUGUAUAGAAAUGGGAAUUCACCGGGACGCAUGCGUUAAAUUACAAUCGAUAUUCGAGGUUCGGCUGGCUAACACAGUUGGAGCGUCGUCAAGCUUUUAACAGCAACAGAUAGGUACCCAGAACCUGUAGUAAAAAUUAACAACUGUCAAAAUUUCCAACAUUUAAAAAAGCUCAAGUUAAGAAAUUAACUGAAAACCUUUACAAUGGCAUUGGAUUUGGCUAAAGAGGAAGUUUUUUGGACAAGAGCAAUGACUUUAAGACUUGUGAAAUUUAUAAAAAGUAAACCAACCAUUUGGAAUCGGAAGCAUUCAAAGUACUCAUCGAUCAUGCAUAGAGAUCAAAUUUACAGGCAAUUUGCUUUUAUAUACGGCAAUAACAAAUUCACAGGAGAAGAUGUGAAAGACCAAUGGAUUCGUAUUCGAACGACCUUUGUUGGUCUCAUGAAAAGACUCAAAGCAAGUAAAGCUAAAGGAGAGACCUAUAACAUCACCUGGUACUUAUGGGAUGCAUGCAGUUUUCUGUACAAGAAAGAUCCACCCAAAGGAAAUGACCGGAAAAUCAAGAAAGAGCAAGGAAAUGCAUCGGAUAAUGUUGACGCUACAUGCCACAAUGUAGCUAAUGGUUUAGUUAAUGCCAUACGUGGAACUCAAAAUGAUGUCUGCUAUGGUGAUGACACCAAAUACAGCAACUUAACAAGAUAUGUUGCAGGUAAACUCUAUCAAAUGAGUUCCUAUGAUGCAGCUCGAAUAUCGUGUAAAAUGCUGGAUUUCUUGAAUCUUGAGAUGAAUGAGGUAAUAUCCAUUUAAAAAGUUGAGUCGGAUGAGUUUUUGAUAAUUAUUUAUUGGUAUAGACCGUAGGUCCGUAAAUACGGUAUACGCUAAUAUAGUUCUACUAUAAUCUACCUUAAAAUAGGCACUCCAUAUUUAAUCAAUUUCAUAUUAAUAACUAUACUCAUUUCGUACUAUUACAUUGUUUAGAUGUAGAGAGUCAUUGAUGAACUCAUCAAUAGAAUAAUAAUCAUUUAUAUGUUUAGAAUGUGGACUAUUAUAUAACACAAGAAACAAGGAAUUACAUUUGCGAACAUCCCACCACAUUUAGUAAGUAAGUUAUCUUGUAGGUCUGUCUUUUUGGAACAUAUCUUAAUAAUUACAUUUAAUAAAUCUGGUAAUAUUGUCUGAUACAAUUAGGUGUUUAUUUUAACAAAUUGAGUAACUUCAAAACGUAUUGCGAAGGAAAAGCUCGAGAAAAAUCGAGAACAGCUUUCAGUUACCUACUUUUAAACAUGUGUCAUUCUUGGGUUUUGAAAACCCGUUCUUUUAGACAGCAGUUCCCACAAAGUAUGACGUUAACUCGCAAGACUGAUAAUUAUAUGGAGUCAUGGUAAGCCAUUAAUGUGGUCUUUGAGACUAAGAUUUGAAGGACAUAGGGAGAAGAGCUAAGCUUUUGAAACUUUGUAAUGAUUGUAAUGCACACUUCCUUGUGUGUUGAUGAAAUUGCACUUAUUUGUUGCAUUUCGCAUUGAAAUAUCCUAGUGUCAGAUAAUCUUACUAUUGUACUGCUUUAUUAGCAAAUACGAUACUAAGCACAUUCAGUAGUAAGUAAGAAUAAUAAAAUCUUCUUCACAUUUUUCCAAAAAAAAACAUACACACAAACAGACACGUACACGCACACAAACACUCGUCAAAAUGAUCUCAGAACGUAACUCUAGUAUUAUUAAUUGUAAUCUUCUCUAGAAUUAACUAAAUUAUUGUAACCAAAGGCGAAAACACUGACUUCUGUAAAACAGGUUUCAAACCUGGCACAGACGUCAGGGUUUUAUAUAUUUGUAUUCUCAAUGUAUUUCUUUUAUUAAUAGAAUAAAAAAAAAACGUCUUUUUAUUUAUCCCUGAAACAACGGUCCCAGCACACUGCCUUGUACUAAACUAUCUGAUGACUCCUAUCUCCUGCAUACCUUCCGAAAGACACAAUUUUUCUUUUUAACCACACUGAUGUGUCAUGUUAUCGUUCCGUUACC